CUCCAUCAGGCCCUGCCUGCCCGCCUUGGUGUCCAGGCAGACACCGCUGCCUUCACUAGCGCUUCACCUACACCUCUGGCCGUUCGAAUUUUCUUCCUUCUCUUCCUCUACUACACGACCGCAAGCGAAAUAGCAAACAUGGUACCUUACGCGCUAUCUCCAACUGGAGACCCUCUCGUUUUGAGGGUGUUUCAGGUCCUUACCGUCAUCGCGCCCUCUACCUUCUUCGCCGUUGCCACGAUCGCCGACUCGGUCUCCGGAACUCAAGAAUCGAAAUGUGGGAACCUACGCAAGUUUCAGUUGGGCUUAGCUUGUAUCGCUACCUCGCUGUCUUCCGCGGAAGCAGUGAUCUAUCUGAAGAGAUCUGACCCGUAUCAAAUAUCAGACCCGGACGCAGUCUACGCGCUCUUCCUUACUUUAGUCUGGAUUGUCCUCUUGCUAAGUCUUAUUGGGAACUCUACCAUCACAUCAUAUCCUCAUCUUGGAACUUGGGCAAUUCUGCUUGUCUGCCAAGGGACGGUCUUUGCACUCUCGCUCCCUGGAACGUCCUCCGAGGACAAGCAGCUACUCGCACGCUCCCUUCUUCGAGGGUUUCAACUAGCAGUCGAGGUUGGGCUUCUUGGAAACAGUCUCCUUGCUCAAUUCAUACUACGGAAGGAAAACAAAGGACAUGAAGAUGAAUCCCAACCGCUUCUGGGCAAUGAGUCGUCUCCGAACAGCUCAGACUUACAAGGGGCAGCCCAAGAACCAAACGAGGAAGAAACAGACAGACUGCGCAUUCGAAACAGACCAUUCUGGCUGUAUCUUGCCUCUUUCAAGCUCUUUGUACCAUACAUGUACCCGAGGUCUUCAAAAUUGCAGCUUUACUUUGGGGGGAUGUGCAUCACCAAUGCUUUGACAAGGGUUGUCACAAUUGCCCUGCCUCUCAGUCUAGGCAUUGUCAUCAAUGGUCUCGGGGAAGUGAUACCUUGGAAAGCACUUGCCCUCUACGUGCUGCUCAGAUUCUUGUUGUCACACGCGGGCUUCCCGCUCGUUGAAACCUGGCUAUCUUGGAGGGUGACCACCGACUUGGUAGUCGCCUUGCAGCGCCAUUGUUACGGUCACAUCAUGAAUCUGUCAGCCGACUUCCACGAUUCCAAGAGAUCCUCGAUCAUCUGGCAGACGAUGCAUCAAGGACAAGAUGUGAUUGACUUGUUGCAUGACGUUAUGUUUCAAUUCUUGCCGACAAUAAUCGAUUUGGCUUCAGCAGCCGUGGUCCUCACAUGUCUCUUCGGACUUUACAUGACCUUCAUCAUUGCAUCAAUGGUUGUCAUAUUCUACUGGCUGACCUUCAAGGCGCUCGUCCAGAAGAGAGCGAUGCGUCGGUCUUGGCUCGAUGCAUAUCACGAGCAGUAUUACCAGAUGAGCGAAUCCACCCUGAACUGGUCGACAGUAUGCCAGUUCGGACGCAUCCCCUACGAGAUUCAGAAGUAUCGAGAGAAAGGCGACAUUACUCGGAACAGAAUGCUCCUUUGGUGGUUCUAUGAGUUCUGGACUAGGGGUCUGCGCCACCUGGUACCGUGCAUCUGCUUUGUUGCCGCAUGCAGUGUGGCCGCCCUGCAGAUCGUACACCGCCAGCAUAAAAUUGGUGAUUUCGUGGUCUUGAUCACAUAUUGGGCACAACUUACUGGACCACUAGCCACCCUGGCAGGCGAGUUGUCAAGAGUGGCUGAAAAGCUCGUCAACGCCGAGAAGCUGGUGGUGAUACUGGAAAAGCAGCCACGCAUCCAGGACUUGCCGGAUGCUCGACCCUUCGUGUUCCUUGAGGGGGCUGUCCAAUUCGAGAAUGUUUCUUUUUCUUAUGACGGCAAACGACAAGUGACCAAAGGGACUACCUUCCGGGCCUCCCCCGGGAAGACUGUGGCUUUAGUUGGACAGACCGGGGGCGGCAAGAGUACCAUUUUGAAACUCCUUUUCCGGUUCUACGACGUUGACCAAGGCCGCAUUCUGAUUGAUGGCCAAGACAUCAGACACAUCAAGAUGGAAACCUUCCGAAGACACAUUGCCAUGGUUCCUCAGAAUCCUGUGGUAUUCAACAUGUCGGUGCUGGAAAACGUCAGAUACCCUGAUAUUGACUGUACGGACGAAGAGGCUAUUGAAGCGUGUAAGGCAGCAGAACUACACGACAAGAUUAUGUCGUUUACACAUGGUUAUGAAGAAAAGGUGGGCGAGCGUGGCACCAAGCUCUCGGGUGGCGAGCUCCAGCGCCUUGCAAUUGCACGAGCGAUCCUCAAAAAGGCGGACAUUCUGCUAUUGGAUGAAGCCACUAGCAGCGUCGACAGCAUCACGGAGAAGAAGAUUCACCGCAGUAUCCGCCAACUAUGUGCAGGCAAGACCGCGUUUGUGAUUGCACACCGUCUCUCUACAGUCCUGCAUGCCGAUCAUAUUCUCGUCAUUGAAGACGGCCACAUUGCCGAGUCUGGCACACAUGAUGCUUUGAUCAAGCAGAACGGUGCUUACAACGAACUCUGGCGUAGCCAACUUCGCCUGCAAGCUGAGGAGAGCGAAUCGAGGUCCCGGUCUCGCUCCCCACAAAAAACAGAUGCACUGGUCCUGAUCAACGAUAUGGGUGCCGGUCAGCAAGAGACCCAAACGCUGGUCAAGAGUAUAAGCAGAGGAAGCAAGAGCGAGGGGGCAGAGAGACAAGAUGCUGAGCCCACCCGCGAACCAUUGAGCAUCCAAGAACAUCAGCAUCGAAGUCAUCAAGCAUCGCAUAAUGCUGUAGAGUCGCGAGACAAGACGAACGCCAAAUCGCUUGCCCGUGCGCUGGGUAGGAGACUGUCCCGCUCAAAGUCGCCGGGGAAAAGUGGAUCGUCAGAGUCCAGUCUGAACCCUGAUGCUCAAACGUUCAGACCUCGACGACUCCACGAUGGUAACCACAGCACAAGUUUCUCACCUGGCCAGCCCCGGACUGCGACGGAAAAUCAUCUGGGAAACUCCAUCGGCGGGUUCUCCGCCCACAGCAGACUUGAGACGAGUCUUUCCAACCAGGAGAAUAAUGUCAAGUGGUCUGCAGUGAAAAGUAUUCGGGAUUCACCGGAUGUUGUUCAGGAACGGUGGUCACCAUUGCUUUUUCCGCUGAAGCGAAAGUGGGCGGGUCAAGGUCGCGAGGCUUUGGAAAGCAGCGGAGAACACUCCGUCGAUAACACAGAAGAGUUACUUAAGAUGAGCGACGGUUUCCAUGCCGUGAGCCACGACUUCAAGAUUGACCGACCAGGACUGGAGGACACCGGAGCACUACCAGGAAGCGCUCGCCGGCGGUUGACUGCAAGCGAGCCCUUUCCGCAGAGCAUCGAUGCCGAGGAAGACUCGGACGACUCAUCAGCAGACGCGCAUGUUCUGCAGUCGGCGAAAUUUUCGAGGCUGCCACAACCUCCAUACCGAAGAAGUGUCUCAGCUGUGGAAAGAAAUGCAGGACAGGCCAGGGAAGAGGAAGUGACCGAGGGCAACGAGGCCGCAGUAUCGGUUGACACGACAGCGACGAGCCCGGCUAUUCUGACUCCAACAUCGCAUCUGAAGGUUCCUGCCAACUCUCCUGCAUAGGAAGACCUUUGGCGGUCCUACGUUCUAUUGCCAUGGAGGCUUCGACACUGCAUUUUUAAGACUCUUGACAGCAUCGAGAGCGCUUCAUGGCGGACAAGAAGAGGAGGUAUUCGAUAGCCAAUCUUGCAGAGAGAAACAUGAAGUACUUCGGGGUCUUUACGACGAACAUUGUGGGCCUUAUGGCGAUGGAUAGUUCUAUUCAAUUACACGUAUCAAGACCGUCAACCAGGCAGCAAUAAGGCAGUUUCGAUACAUAGACGUGAUUUGACGCCCUGUGGCAUCUGGCGGCGUCUUGCAUGCGCC